AUGGGGGGGUUUGUUUUGUCCCCCGGAAUGGUGGAGCUCGGGGAGCACAAUGAUGCACAGCUUCUCGUGCUGCCCGUUCCUCCCCUAGGUCUACCAAAGGCCCCAGAUCUGAUGGAGGUUGGCCGGGAUGACUUUCAAGAGCGGGAGAAGGAGCAGCGAGCUCUCGCUUUCUUCCUUCCUAUUUUUAUGGGCCGUCCUUCGCUGUCUCUACGGAGGUUAACCGGAGGAGAAAGAGCGGAGGCAUUCCUCUUUGCACUCAUAUCGUUCCGGGCCCGCCCUCCACGAUGGAGGUUAACCGGUAAACUUUACAAGCCCGAGAAAUGGCGGGAGAGGGCGCCCUUUUUCUCUCAUAUAUCAUUAGUUUCGGGCCCGUUCUCCACGUUGAAGGUUAACCGGGACAACUUUGAGGGCCUUUGGCAAAAACAAGAGGACGAGCUAAUGGCCCUCGGCUCUCGCGUGCGGAUUCGGGCCCGUCCUCCACGCUGGAGGUUAAUCGGUAAACUUUGGAAGCCUCAGGGGAGGCAAUAA